AUGGAAGCAGAAUUCAAUAUUUAUUUCUUAGGGAACACAGGAUCUACUCCAGGACCAUCAGAUUACUCACCAACAUACAAAUUCACUGAUAAAAAAGGAAUUUCAAUUUCACCACGAUAUAUGAAAAAUCCAAAACCAUAUGAUCCACCUUUGGCAGCAUUACCAACAACAAUUGGUAAAGGCCCGAAAGUUUCAAUAGGUUCAAAAUAUAAAGAACCUAAAAAUUUACAAACUCCAGGACCAAAUUACGUUCCACCUGAUUUCGGACAGGUAAAUGGUGUUAAAUUCCCACGUGCUAAGAAACCCAAAGACAAAUCAAUUGAUUCUCCAAGUCCUCAGACCUAUCAUUUUAAUUACGGCACAGAUAUUGGUGUUGGAAGAGUUCCAGCUACAAUUGGCAAUGCUCCAAGGAAAAAUCUUUUCAAUGGAGAUCCAGAUACUCCAAGCGCUGGAAAUUACAGUCCUAGAUUUGAAUUUCAAUCAAAACAUGCUAGAUCUCCUCGCCCAACAAUCGGUUAUCGCUGGCCCGAAAAGAAAGUACAGAGUUCCAGCGAAUAUCAUGCAGCACCGUCAACUCUUUCGCCAAGAGGUUACGUAUUUGGUCGUGCAGGACGAACUUUGAUUGUCCAUAAGUGA